AUGAACGGCCAUCGGAGCGGCACCCACUCAAGCGCCAAACCCUUCGAGACAAGGCUAUUUAUCGACAAUGAGUUUACCCCUGGCAAGGAGGGAAAGAAAUUCAAAAUCUACAACCCCGUCAACGAGGAAGAGAUCUGCCAAGUCCACGAAGCAUUGUCUGAGGAUGUUGACCUGGCCGUCAAUGCAGCCCAGCGGGCUUUUCAGCCCUGGAGCAAUUUGAGCGCGAAUGAACGAGCUGCCCCAAUGUUCAAACUCGUGCAAUUGAUUCAAAGAGACGCGGCAGAACUGGCGCACCUUGAUGCACUGUGUAUGGGAAAGCCGGUUGAAUUGCUGAAGAAGAUGGACGUUAUUGGGUGUGCGGGUCUCUUUAGUUAUUUCGCGGGCUCUGCAUUCCACAUCCUAGGCGAGACCAGUAUGAACUCGGCCAAUUUCUUGAACAUGACAGUGAGACAGCCUUACGGGGUUGUGGGUCUUAUUAUCCCAUGGAAUGUCCCGAUGAUUAUGUUUGCCUUCAAAGUCGCCCCUGCUCUGAUCUGCGGCAAUACAGUGGUGCUGAAGUCGUCAGAAAAGGCCCCCUUGUCCUCAUUGAAAUUGGCUGCUCUAGUCAAAGAAGCCGGAUUUCCUCCUGGCGUUGUAAAUGUUCUCAGUGGCUACGGUGAGCCUACAGGCUCGGCUAUCGCCCUGCAUAAGAAGAUUCGAAAGAUUUCAUUUACAGGGUCCGUUGCAGUUGGCAAGAAGAUAUCCAAGAUGGCUGCAGAAUCGAACUUGAAGAAUGUGUCACUCGAGCUGGGCGGCAAGGGAGCAGCCAUCAUCUUUGAGGAUGCCGAUAUUCUGGCUGCCGCAAGAAGUACGCACUACUCCAUCAACCACAACUCUGGCCAGCAUUGUCAAGCCAACAGCCGAGUCUUGGUCCACCAGAACAUUUUGUCCGACUACCUGGAUGAGCUAAAGAAGUGUAUGUCUCGUGUUAAGAUUGGUGAUCCGUUUGAAAAGGAUACAUUCCAAGGCCCCCAAGUCGACGUCAAGCAGAUGCAACGGAUACAAGCCUUGAUUGACGCAGGCGGCAAGGACGGCAGAGUCAUUUUUGGAGGUCGACGUCAUGGUGACAAGGGUGCCUUUAUCGAGCCGACAAUUCUGCUCAACGUCCCGACGACUUCACAGGCGUACCAAGAGGAGAUAUUUGGACCAGUGGUCAUUGUCAACUCUUUCGCGACGGAGGAAGAAGCCUUGUCUGAGGCGAAUUGUACCGAAUUUGGUCUAUUUUCCUCCAUCUACACUCGGGACUUCGAGAGGGCGAUACGGGUGUCUAAGGCAUUUGAAUCAGGCGCUGUCGGCAUCAAUUGCUCCGUGCCGUUACGCGCAGUCGAUAUGCCUAUCGGUGGAUGGAAGCAGUCCGGAAUCGGUCGUGAGCUGAGUCUGCACGGGCUCAAUCUCUACACCGAAGUUAAGACCCUGUUCUUCAAGUAUGGCGCUGAUCCCAAUACUCUAGCUACGAGAUGGCAUAAUUUAUGA